CCUAUCCAAGCCAUGAUCGUUAACUUUCUUAACCUAAGACUCCGAUGGAGACAGAAAUUCAUUUACAACAAAGGCAAUUAUAUGGACUUUAUCACGUCGACUUUCAAGAAAAUCAAGACAACGUCUAUGAGAACGAGUGGACAUUUCGGAUAUGCAUUAUCUCAUGAGUUGAAUGGCCACGUGCUGAAGAUUCCCUUUGAAAACGAGCGCUUCAGCUUCUACGUCAUAGUUCCCACCACCGCCGACGGCUUAGCUAAACUGGAGGGUAAGCUCGCUAGACAUAGCUUACAUCUGGAUCAAGUGUUAGAUUCGGUGGUGGCUCGGGACGUUGUAGUCGAGCUGCCGUUGUUAAGCGUCGUAGGCGGUGUCGAGCUGGAGGAACCACUGCAAAAACUGGGAAUAAAAGCCGCCUUUUCCGAUGAUGCCGACUUCACAGAGGCCACGCCCCUGAAAUGUAACAUCGGCCAGGCGGUACAUACACCUCUGAUAGAUCUCGGUUUAUCCUAUGUGACUAUCGGAACUAAUAGAUUUCAUAAUCAACCUGAAGAGGCUGACAAGGUCACUUCAACCCCGAAAACCACACUCUCAGAAAAUGUCGAUGGUAAUGACAAAAAUAAUGCCUAUGAUAAUGUCACCGAUGAUGUCAAAGAUGAUGUCAAAGGUGAUGUUGGUGAUGAUAAAAGCCCAAAGGACAGACGCUCGGCAAAUGUCGAACACGAUGCAACCCUGAAGACCAGGCGCUCGGAAAAUGUCACAGGCAAUAACACCCCGAAGAACCAAGGCUUAGAAAAGAUCAUAGGCGAUAAAGCUGAAAAACUAGUCAAAGUCAAGGCAAGCCAUCCUUUCUUGUUCUUCGUCAGAGAUGAUCUCUAUGGUGUCCUCAUCAUACAAGGUCGGAUGUUGGAACCAUUGAACAAAACUAAAUCGCCAUAG